AUGGUUAUGCUCUGCUUCAGAUAUGGCAAAGUACUUGUACAUUGCAAUGCCGGUAUAUCACGAGCGGCGACCUUCGUGAUCUCAUAUCUUAUGGUCUACCAUGGAAUGUCCUUGGAACUUGCCUUGGAGACAGUCAAGAAAGCCAGGCCAAAAGUCAGGCCGAAUAUGGGCUUCAUGAAGCAGCUAAAGUCUUUCGAAGAAUCGCUCUCAACUUGUGGUGCCUAA